AUGAACCCCCGCCAUGUCCUCGAGCUCCUGCACCAGUGCCGCUCCAUCCGACACCUCGACCAGCUACAGGCCCACCUCCUCGCCCACGGCCCAUCCGCCGUGGCCUCCCUCGCCUCCCAGCUCGUCGCCUCCUACUGCGCGCUCUCCGGUGCCGCCGGACACGCGGGACUCUGCCACGCCCGCCGCGUGUUCGACACAAUUGCCGACCCGUACAGGUUCGCGUACAACAGUCUUAUCAGGGCGUACUCCAACAGCUGUUGCCCCCAGGAGGCGCUGUGCCUGCACCGCGACGUCCUCCGGCGCGGCAUCCUGCCGAACGAGUUCACACUGCCCUUCGUGCUCAAGGCGUGCGCCAGGGCGCGGGCCACAGAGCACGCGCUAGCCACCCAUGGAGUGGCUGUCAAGCUGGGGUAUGUGCGGCAGGUGUUCGUGGGCAACGCGCUCCUGCACUCAUAUGCGUCGACUGGGUUGCUGCGGGACUCUCAGCGGUUCUUUGCCGAGAUGGCGCCGGGCAGGAAUGUUGUGUCGUGGAACACGAUGAUUGGUGGAUAUGCACAGGCUGGGGAGACCAGCAAGGCGUGCGCCUUGUUUGGAGAGAUGAGGCGCCAAGGAGUGUUGGCUGAUGUGUUCACAUUUGUCAGCCUGCUUCUCGUUUGCUCAACUGAGGGAAAUCUUGAGGUUGGUCGGCUGGUGCAUUGUCAUAUGUUGGCAAGUGGAUCCCGGGUUGAUCUGAUUCUCGGUAACGCACUUGUGGACAUGUAUGGUAAGUGCGGGGAUCUGUGGAUGGCUCGUAGAUGCUUUGACAUGAUGCCCACGAAAAAUGUUGUUUCAUGGACUUCCAUGCUUUGUGCCCUGGCAAAACAUGGCUCGGUGGAUGCUGCAAGAGAUUGGUUUGAGCAGAUGCCCGAGAGGAACAUAGUCUCCUGGAAUGCCAUGAUCUCUUGCUAUGUUCAGGGUGGCCGAUUCCGUGAAACUUUGGGUCUUUAUAACCGUAUGAAAUCUCUAGAUCUCACUCCAGAUGAGGUUACCUUGGCUGGUGUCCUCUCUGCCCAUGGACAAAAUGGCGAUUUGGCCUCUGGAAGGAUGAUACAUUGUUAUAUUAAAGACAAUUUUAGUGAUCCUGGUGUCACUCUACUUAAUUCACUUCUUGAUAUGUAUGCAAGAUGUGGUCAGGUAGACACAUCCAUAAGCUUGUUCACUGAGAUGCCCAAUAAAAACACUAUCUCUUGGAAUGUGAUUAUUGGAGCGCUAGCCAUGCAUGGGCGUGCACAAGAGGCAGUCAUGUUCUUCAGAGCUAUGGUAUCUGAUGCCUUCUCCCCUGAUGAGAUCACAUUUGUCGGUCUUCUUUCUGCAUGCAGUCAUGGUGGUCUACUAGAAGAUGGACAGUAUUACUUCAAAGCCAUGAGACAUGUUUACAAUGUUAAGCCUGAAGUUGAGCACUAUGCUUGCAUGGUUGAUCUGCUUGGUCGGCGUGGCCAUCUUGCACAAGCUGUUGAUCUAAUAAAAGAUAUGCCAAUGAAGCCUGACGUUGUGGUUUGGGGUGCAUUACUUGGAGCCUGCAGGAUCCAUGGUAAUGUAGAGAUCGGCAAGCUAGUGAUCAAACAACUGCUUGAGCUGGAGGGAAUUAAUGGAGGCUUGUUUGUCCUAUUUUCUAAUUUGCUGUAUGAAACUCACCAGUGGGAGGACAUGAAAAGGCUCAGGAAGCUAAUGAGAGAGCGGGGAACAAAAAAGGAUAUGGGUGUUAGUUCAAUUGAAGUAAACAACAGCAUACAUGAAUUUGGAGUGGAAGACAUCAGACAUGAAACCUCAAGUGAGAUAUAUGCGGCAGUUGAUCAGUUGGCAUAUCAUUUAGUCUCUUUGCAUGUCCUGGCUGUGCAGCCAGUAGAACUCAUCAUGGAAGAGUGA